AUGCAGGCCACCGCCCCCGCAACCCCCCCGGCUGCCGGCGCCCGUGCAAUGCCGCUGACGCUGCACGUGGCGCCGCGCGUGGAUCGGGCGACCAUAUACCAGAACAAGUCGCUGCAACGCCGGUGCGCGCCGCUGUCGUUCAGCACACCAGUGAACGAGGUGCAGGUGAUGGUGCCGAUGCCAAAGAAAUGCGACGGGCAGUGCGGGUUUGAUCGCGACUCGGUGCAAGUCGAGUUCGGUGCCUCGUUUGACGGCAAAGUCAUCCUCGCCGGCGUGCUGGUGGAUGAGGUGGAACGCCACUGCCUGCGCAGCGAUGGGACGGUGGCAGUGGAGGCGACGCGGGUUGCGGAUGUGGCGAGCGCCAGCGACUCAGACGCGGACGGCGAAGGGGCAGGUGACGCGUCAUCGGCGAACGCGCGUCGAAAGUUGGAGUCGCAGCUCCGUGCGGUGGACCAGAAGCUUCAACUUAACGAGAUCGCGCAAGCCGAGGCCGCCGCUGUGCGCGAUUACACUGUGGAUCUUGUAACAAGUGCGGUGGAGCCGUGCAAGGCCGCGCCGCUGAUGUGCACCGCCACGUUGCAUGACCCGGAAAUGUGGGGCGCGCACCUCGACGCGUUGGAGAACGCAACGAGAGAACACUCAAAGGCAAGGCGGGAGCUGCUGCGCGCCAAGGAGGCGCUCGAGGGUGAGAGGUUGGAGCUUGAGAUGAAGCUGUGCUUAGCCAACGGCGGGCAAAGCCCUCGGAGUGGUCACAGCGAUGAAGCGGGGACGGCGAUGGACGUGGUGGUGCUGACGCUCAAGGUUCUGAAGCCCGUUCCAGCCGGGCCUGAGGCGGUGGUGUACGUGUCGUACAUGGUUCCGAGCGGCCGGUGGAAAGCCGUGUACGAGGCGCACCUGAACACGGUGACGAACGAAGUGGUGCUGUACUACAACGCCGAAGUCGUUCUGAACGACGGUGAUGACUUGAAAGAUGUGUCACUGACGCUAUCCUCUGCGGUCCCGCGACGGAAUGCUGCGCUGCCGCCAACCAUGACCAUCUGGCGCUGCGGUGUCGUCCCGCCGUCGCCGCCGACGCCGCAGUUCAUGAUGAACUCAAACACCCUCAUGGCCGACUGCGCGGACGAUGGGCCCUGCUUUGCCUCGGCGAAGAGGGCACUUGUCGGUUCUGCAGCGCCGACGAUAAAGCGUGCCAUGGCGCUGGUGGAGCAGGCCGGUACCGGGGCCAUCAUGAACUUUGCCAUACCUAACCCGCAAACCGUGAUGGCGAACGGCAAGACGACGCGUCUUCCCUUGGCCGAGCUCCGGAUGCCUGCGGCGAUCAGCUACGUGAGCGUGCCCGAAAAGUCGCUGGCCGCCUUCACACACGCCAAGAUCAAGAACUCGAGCGACUUCUUGUUACUGCCCGGCGAGGUAGCCGUGUUCCUGGAUGGGAACUACGUGUUGCGGUCGCGGAUCGACGAGCAGUGCGCAUCAGGGAGUAAGUUGGACAUGUACUUUGGCGCCGACCCAAGCGUGGAGGUGAAGCGGGUGCUGCUGCGUCAAGCCAACAAGGUGCAGAGCUCGUACUUGAAGGGAAAGAAGAGUAAGGUGAAGACGUAUGCGUACAGGAUUACGAUUCGCAACAAGAAGCGUGCCACCGACUCCGUAGACGGCACCGUGCGCAUCAAGCUUGUGGAGCACAUGCCGAUCAGCAGUGAGGAGCAACUGCAGGUGCGGCUCAUUUCGCCAGUAAAGCCACACGAAGACGUCUUCAUCUACGAUGAUGAGGAGGACAGGGUGGAACAGGAGCGGCGCAAGUCACGGCUGCUUGACAACGAAGGUAUCGUGGAGAUUGAGCGCAGGGUACGUGCUGGCGAGAGCGUUGAGCUAGUUUUCGCGUUUGAGGUGGAGGCGCCAAGCAACGCCACCAUAUACGGGCUGUAA